AUUCCUCAUAUAGGAGUUUGUAUUUUCAACCACACACUACAAAUUUUGUAAAUCUUGUAUAUGUAGCAUAUGUAAUUCCCCCUCACAUAUAAUACCCUCUAAGACUAAGUAAUUAAAUUUCUUAACAUGGCGAGGCCUCUUCUUAUCUAUCAUGUGCACAAUCUUCUUCUAUCUUCAUCAUCCAUGCUCAACACAACACUUAUAUUUAUUGUGCUUGUUAUUUUCUCUAUAUUUUCCAUCAUCACCUUUAUUUGUGGUACUAAGAACAUGAAGAAGCUCCACACAAAAACAGAGAAUUCCAAGGAAAUCAAGCUAAUUUCGAAGCUAAAUAGAAAAUUUAGUAGUAGAGCAAUUUCAAUGAUGAAGAUGAUAUCUUGGAGAAAAGUGGAAGCAGAAGGAGAAUUGGAAAGGGGAAUUAGAGAUUGUGGUAACCAAGAUGAAGAAGUCCUUUGGAGGAAGAAUAUUUUGAUGGGAGAAAAGUGUCGCCCUCUUGAUGGAGAAAAUUAGUAGUAAUUUUUAAACUUAAGGGUAAGAGAUUUGUUUUGAAGUUUGAUUUGAAGGGUUAGAUUCAAACUUUUAAGUUUUUUAUCAACUUUUUUUCAGGAAAUUAAAUGGAUUUCUGAUUUUGUGUGUUAACAAAAAUGUCUCAAUGUUUCCUUAACAGUGGUUUAUGAAGAAAUAUAUUUAAACAUAGACUAAAAUAUUAAUGUUUCAA